GAGAGUAGAAAAGAGACGAAGCGUCCGCGCUCUCUCGCUCUUGUUCUCUCUCUCUCUCCUUUCCUUCUUUCGCUGCGGCAAGCGGACAAAGGUGGCUCACCACACCAGGGGUUUUACCUUUUCAACGUUUUCGACCAACCAUCGAUUGAUCGACAUUAUUUUCGAGCAUUGAAUCCCCUUUCUCCCUAGACUCUUCUCCCUCUCUAGCACACACUUCGCCAUUGUACUUUUUUUUUUGGCGGUAUCUCCAGCGAGCGUCGUUCGAAUUCAUUGGGCGGGAAUCAAGGGAAUUCCUUCCCCCGCCAAAUAGGGGACGCACCAGAGCGAGGGUAGGAGAAAGGACGGGAAGGAAGGAAGGGAAGGGAAGGGAUUUGGUGCGGUAGAAUAUAGAAGAUGGCGCCGAGGAGCGGCAGAGGCAUGGAGAGGAUGAUGAUGAUGUCGUCCGACAACGCCAGGGGUCUCCUCCUCGCCCUCCUUUCUAGCGCCUUCAUCGGCGCCAGCUUCAUUCUCAAGAAGAUGGGCCUCAAGCGCGCCGGAUCAUCCGGCACCCCUGCAGGAAUUGGAGGAUAUACGUAUUUGUUGGAGCCGCUAUGGUGGGCUGGAAUGAUUACCAUGAUCAUUGGGGAGGUCGCAAAUUUUGUUGCCUAUGUUUUUGCACCGGCAGUUCUUGUUACUCCUCUUGGUGCACUGAGUAUAAUUGUCAGUGCUGUGUUGGCCCAUUUUCUUCUGAAAGAAAGACUGCAGAAGAUGGGAGUCAUUGGCUGUGUAUCAUGCAUAGUAGGCUCCACCGUCAUUGUAAUUCAUGCACCUCAGGAGCAAACCCCUGCUUCAGUGGAAGAAAUAUGGAGAUUGGCGACCCAGCCAGCCUUUAUUUUCUAUGCUGCAACUGCUGUGACUGUUUCCCUGGCAUUGAUGCUGCACUUUGAACCUCGCUAUGGACAAACAAAUAUAUUGAUCUACUUAGGCAUCUGUUCUUUAGUGGGUUCACUUACAGUUAUGAGCAUUAAGGCUAUUGGGAUUGCAAUCAAACUGACACUAGAGGGUGUGAGUCAGGUGUCUUACCCACAGACAUGGUUUUUUGUUACAGUUGCAUUCCUCUGUGUCAUCACUCAGUUGAAUUACUUAAACAAGGCACUGGACACGUUCAACACUGCAAUUGUUUCUCCCAUUUAUUAUGUCAUGUUUACAACCCUGACAAUUCUGGCUAGUGCAAUUAUGUUCAAGGACUGGUCUGGGCAAAAUGCAAGCAGCAUUGCCUCUGAAGUGUGUGGGUUCAUCACUGUGCUUUCGGGGACAAUCAUAUUGCAUUCAACCAGGGAAAGGGAAACACCUCCUGUGGCAGGAACUCUAUCAUGGUACAUACGUGGGGAUGAUGGAGAAUCACUGAAGCAUCUAGACCACGACUACUAUGUCAGUUUGCGUGGUGAAGAGAGUUUCUCGUAGUCCUUUACUUUCAAAUGGAGGCAAUAUUGACGAAACAAAGCCAGCUUUCCAGUUGUCUGACCUGAAGACUAAGCUCCAGAAUCUUGGGCUUCAAAACGACGGGUGAGAAUGUGCUUGAAAUGCCUGCACGUUGCAUCUAGAAAAAUAUAUUUCUGGUGGGAGGACUCAAGUCAAGCACGUGAUGUGAGGCAAUUUUUUGUGUUGAGCCUGUGUUCUUAUCGCCAGGAAGGUCGUCUCAGGUGUAUUUAAGUCCAUGCUCCAACGCGCAGAAGCAAUGCUGGUUUAAAUGAGUGGAUUGUAGAUCAUCCUGUAAAUGUAUCACUGCACGUGUGUAAAGUUGAGGGAGUCUUGCGUUCUUGCAUAAAAUCCCACAUGUUGUGCACCUUCGCAUGUAGAAAAGAGGGAUGAGAAACAUGGUAUGAUCAUGUGCAGGAUCUGAGCAAAGGUUUCAUUUCUUCUUUUCCU